AUGGGCAACCUUCCAGUUGACCUGCCUCCGAAAACCCCGGUGUGCAUCGGAGUCCUCCCGGCCACAGCUCUGGUCCUAUACCCCAUCCCAUAUGUUAUCCCGCAAGACCCCAAUGGCAUGGACGCCGAAUGGGUGCCGGUCCGACUGCAGUACGAACAGCAUUCUGACAACAGGCCCGCGAGUCCGACGGAAAACAUUAACGUCCGACCACCCUCGUGCAAAUCUCCUACUGGUGAAGUCAUUCCCGGCGAGGUGUUCGCUGUAGUUGAACAGAAGGUCGCGACACCGCUGGGCCCCAUGCUGGGGAAGGGUCUCAUUCGCCUAGAUGCGAAAAUUCGCAGAAGUCACACUCUGCCAAUGGUGCAACUCCAAAUGCUAGUCUACACGCCCAAGGGCAACAUUCCCGUCGUUUCUGCCUAUAUGCAACAGCACGGCCUCCUCCUAGACCAUCCAUCUCUCCCGUCCGACAUCGACCAUGUUUCUAACACCUACUACUGUAAUCCUCAUAAUCCACCUCCCGGCGGCCAUAAUCGGGCGCCGGUUAUCAACCGACCGGGCUACAUGGGUCCUGGUAGCCAUAGGUCCUGGAGUUCACCCGCCGUCUCUGGCAAGAGCAUUGAGGUCCAGCGAAGCCAAGUUGACGAGCUCUUCAAGAGCCUGAAGGGCGGCGAUGAACUCGACGAGACGGACCCGCCACCUGAGAUUGCCACCACGCUCUAUCCCCACCAGCGCAAGGCUCUCACAUUCCUGCUUGCUCGGGAACAGGAGUGGGAGAGCGUUCGCGGCAAGAAGUUGUCCAUGUGGCAGGAGAGGAUCAACCCGGUCUCGCACCAAAUUUCUUGGGUCAACAUCGUUACCCAAGUGGAGGUGUUCGAGAUGCCUGAGGAGGCGAAGGGUGCCAUUCUUGCUGACGACAUGGGUCUGGGAAAAACGAUCACUUGCGUUUCUCUCAUAGCAGCGACAACGCGCUCCGCUCGUGCAUUUGCUGAGGCCCCGCUCACGCCGCCACAAACUCCUCCCCCUUCUUCUUCAUAUGACCCGCAAUUGCUCGCCUCGCAAUUCCAGAGCAGCGUAUGGAAUAUCCCACCCCUGGCAGCCGCGCCCGUUGGCACUUCCGCCAAAUCGAAGGCGAAGGCCGCCCGGGAGCAGAACCGCGCGGACGCCCUGUACACCCGGGCAUGCCGCAUCAAGAUGAAGAGCCGUGCCACGCUGAUCAUCUGCCCGCUGUCAACGGUGGUCAACUGGGAGGACCAGUUCAAGGAGCACUGGCGUGGGGAGGUGAUCGUGUGCGGCGGGCAGGGCGCCGCGCCGCCGCCCGUGCAGCUCUCCAUCUCGGCGAUGAUGGCGCCGUCCGGGUCGCAGGUGGACAUCAAGCCGGACCCGAACACGGGCCACUCGUUCUCGCUCAAUCGCGACGGGCCGCCGCUGCGCGUGUACGUGUACCACGGAAACGCGCGGCGGCUGGAGCCUGCGUUCUUGGCGGACUUCGACGCAGUGAUCACGACGUACUCGACGCUCGCGUCCGAGUUUUCGAAGCAGUCGAAGAGCCUCGAGGCGGCGGACGAGGACGACGAGGACGACGGGAGCAGCGAUGGGAUCGUCGAGCUGGACGGGCUGGGAAGGCCAAUCGGCAGGGCCCCCAAGCCGAAGAAGGCCCCGAAGAAGCGGAAGAAGGCGGCAGCGCCUGGGACGGAGGCGACCAGCCCGCUGCAGAGCAUACACUGGUUCAGGGUCGUUCUUGACGAGGCACACUCUAUCAAGGAGACCAAUACGGUUGGCUGCCGCGCAUCGUGCGAUCUCGCAGCGGACCGGCGCUUGUGUCUCACUGGUACUCCGGUUCAGAACAAGCUCGAUGACGUCUACGCUCUCAUCAAAUUCUUGCGGCUGGCGCCCUUCGACGACAAGAACACCUGGAACGAGUACAUCGGCACGCCUGUCAAGUUUGCGCAACCGCUCGGUGUGGCUCGCCUGCAGACCAUCAUGAGGUGUAUCACGCUCCGCCGAACCAAGGAAUCGCGUGCAGAGGACGGCAAGAAGAUUCUCGCGCUGCCUCCCCGCCGAGACGAGCUGCGUUACUUGAAAUUCGACAAGGACGAGCAGUCCAUCUACGACCGCUUCUUCACUGAGUCCAAGGCCGAGUUCCACGAGCUGUCGUCCAAGAACGAGAUCAUGAAGAACUACGUCGGCAUCCUGCAGAAGAUCCUCCGCCUGCGCCAGAUUUGCUGCCACUUCGAGCUCGUGCAGAAUAAGGGUCUCGGGCUCCCGGGAGAUGCUACUCCCGCGUACGAGGACGUCGCGGCCUCGAUCAUCCAUGACGGCAUUAAUCUCCAGCGCGCCGCAGUGAUCUUCGCGCUGCUCAAGGAGGCCGGCACAGCCCAGUGCGUCGAAUGUUCAUGCGAACUCUCGCUACCCACGGACGCAAACAACGAGGGCAUGGCGGAGGUCGACGCGCCCGCCGUCCCCGCGCGGCGUGGGCGCAAGCCAAAGGGCGGCGCCGCCUCGGGCUCGCGUGCCUCGACCCGGCAGAACAGCCCGUCAACACCACAUCCAGUGCUCACGCGCUGCCAACACCUCUUCUGCCUGCACUGCUUCCGCGCACAUACGUUCCCGGGGUGGCCGAACGUCGCGCCAGAGCUGCGGCGGGCGUGCUCGACGUGCAACUACGCGCUCGGGCCGGCGGACGUCGUGCAGAUCGACAUGGACUGCAGCCUGCUGGAGAGCGUGAUCGCGGGCGGUGCGAAGAAGAAGCCGGGGAAGAAGGAGAAGCGGGUGAAGGGGAUCGCGCCGGAGGACUUCCACCCGUCGACGAAGGUGAAUUCGCUGCUGAACGACCUCGUCCAGUUCUCGAGGGGGAACCCGUACUCGGCGAACUACGACCCGGGCUCGAUCGAGGUGCAGAUGGUCGACAACGAGGGCAACUGUUUAGAAGACGGGGUCACGAAGACGGUUGUGUUUUCGCAGUGGACGAGUAUGCUUGACAAGAUUGAGGACGCCCUCGAGAUUGCAAACAUCCGCUACGACCGUCUUGACGGUACCAUGAAGCGUGACGAUCGUACACGGGCCAUGGACGCACUCAAGAACGAUCCCGGCUGCGAGGUGUUGCUCGUCAGUUUGAAGGCCGGUGGUGUCGGCCUCAACCUCACCGCCGCUCAACGCGUAUACCUCAUGGAUCCCUAUUGGAACCCGGCAGUGGAGAACCAGGCUGUGGAUCGUAUCCACCGUCUCGGCCAAACCCGUCCGGUCACAACGGUGAAGCUCAUCAUCGAGAAUUCCAUCGAGGCACGGCUUCUCGAGGUCCAGAAGAAGAAGACGGAGCUCGCGAACCUCACGCUCGGCCCGCCGCUAUCCAAGUCCGACAUCCAGGCGCGGCGGAUGGAGGAGCUCCAGCAGCUCUUCGCCUCAUAA